AUGAUAUCGUAUUUCCGGCAUGCUUUUCAGCUGCUCGUCGUUGCGUUAUCUGGUUCAGACGAGCCUGAAGGCCCCCCUCCUGGCUCGCCUCCGAAGAUGAAGUUCGAAGGCCCGUGGUUCUUUACGCAACUUGCGCUCUCGGCGACCAUCGGGCUGGCGUCUUUCAUCAUCUUCUCUUAUGCACGCAUGAGAUGGCCAAUUCUCUUCGCGCCGCGUACCAAACUCAAGGGAUUCUCCCCCCAUGAAGCACAUGCGCACCAGGCCUUUUUCGGCUGGAUCCUUCCAACCAUCCGAACGUCGGAGUUCACUGUCCUUCAGAUCGUAGGUCUUGAUGCUGCGGUGCUCCUCAGUUUUUUCAAGAUGUCUUUUUGGCUAUUCUCUUCUUGCUCCGUGUUAGCUGCGGCCAUCCUCAUGCCAAUAAAUCUGAAGAACAACAUCGACAUUGGAGACGGACGGGAAGACGCACCCACUAUACCAACUUACCUGGAUGACCCUGUACCACCAGACCCGACCAUCCCUCGUUCUACAUGGGACAAUUGGUUCGACCUCAUCAGUGAUGCCAACAGCUACCUCUCUCUUCAUCUCCUCUUCACGUACUUGUUCACUAUCUUGGCGCUACGCGCCCUUUACAAGAACUUCAAGCGGUUCGUCCGGUCUCGCCAGCUAUUCUCUCUGGAACUUGUGCAUUCGGUCCCAGCUCGCACUGUGAUGGUCACCCACCUCCCGCCGCAUCUACAGUCGGAACCCGCGCUGGCAGAUUACUUCGAACAGAUGGAUCUCAGCGUGGAGAGUGUCAAUAUAUGCAGGGAGGUUGUCUCACUCAAGCGACUCCUCGAUAUCCGGACUCAAGCCCUGCUCAAGCUGGAGCACGCUUGGGUCGAUUAUCUCGGGAACCCUAGCGUUGUCGCACCGAACACAUCAAUCCGAUAUCCUCUGGUCGAUAUUGACGACGCGGCAUCGAUCGAGAGCCAACCCGAGCAGCUGGUGCUGCCUAAUCGCAAACGGCCGACCAUUCGACCCGGAUGGUUUUCCCGCAAAGUGGAUGCAAUCGAGUACUACGAAGACAAGUUCAGGGAAGCCGACGAGCUUGUCAAGAAGAGGCGCCGUAUGGGUCGAUUCAAGCCCACCCAUGUUGCGUUCGUAACGUUUGAGAAGAUGUCAAGCGCGCAAAUCGCAGCACAGACCGUGCAUGCCCCACACCCCAUGCAGGGCCUCACGCAUCUCGCACCUGAACCACGAGACAUCUUUUGGUCCAAUAUCUCGUACUCUCCGUUGAACGCCCUUGUCCGCGAGUGGAUUGUGAUGGGCGCAAUGGUCUUGCUCCAAUUCUUCUGGUUCAUUCCGAUUACAGCGCUGGCCAGUCUGCUGAGUCCGGAAGAGAUCAGGAAGACAUUGCCUUGGCUUGCCGAUCUCAUGGACCGCAACGAACAUCUGGGUGCUCUCAUGCAGACUUUGUCGUCGCUGGGUAUGGUCACUUUGAAUGCCACUUUACCGUUUCUUCUCGAAGGCUUGACGUACAUCCAAGCGUUCCCGGCACGCAGCUGGAUCGAAUAUUCAGUGAUGAAAAAAUACUUCCUGUUCUUGCUGAUCAACGUCGUCUUCAUCUUCCUUGUCGCUAGUACAUACUGGCAGCUCAUCCGAGAUCUCGCAAGCUCUCCAUCCAAGGGUAUUGAGAAGCUAGCACAAGCACUUAACGCCGGUAACGCGCGACACUUCUUCGUAUCAUACGUCAUCCUGCAAGGUUUCGCCUUGAUUCCGCUACAGCUACUCAACCUUGGGAUCGUGAUUCCACGAAUAAUAUUUCGCCUCUUUUUUGAGAACUAUCGUUCUCACUGUGCUUCAGACUUCGCGGAGCUUAACGCCCCUCCAAUGAUCAACUACGGCAUCGUGUACCCUCAAGCCAUCCUCGUUUUUGUCAUCACCUUGCUUUACAGUGUCAUGCAACCGCUUAUCCUCGUGUUCGGAGCGGUUUACUUCGGUGCUGCAUAUAUUGUCUACAAGUACAAGCUAUUGUUUGUCUUCUACAAGCCAUACGAAUCUCAGGGACAAGCCUGGCCGAUCACAUUUGUCCGCCUCAUUUGGGGGGUGCUCAUAUUCAUCGGGUUCAUGAUCGGCAUGUUUAUUAUCAAGAAAUCGUUCAUCCUCGCCACUCUACUUGCACCAUUGCUCGCGGGGACGCUACUAUGGUGGUACUACACCGAUAAGCAGUUCCGUCCCCUCAGCAAGUGUGUCAGUCUCCACUCGGUGCACGAGGUGGAACGCGGUGAGGAAAGUGCGGACGUCGUGAGGCUACGCGCUGGUCAUCCAGUAACAUGGUCACAGAGCAACCUCAACCGGCGACGGUACGCACAGAACGACGAGACUCUCUAUGUUGCACCUGAAGAUGAGCGCACAGAUUAUUCGCAACCCCCGAUGUCGAACUUCUACAGUGGUGUUCUCAACACCGGCAAACGGCGUUAUGGUCAUCCAGCCUUAACCGGAGUCCUGCCGUACCCUUGGCUACCCAUCAAGAAGGGCCAGAGUAUCAAUAGGCACAGAGAUACGGGUGACGAGGGCAGCCCUGGCGUCGUGCUGACCCUCCGCAAGAAGUACAGCGUCGUCCGUGAACGCCCGCAAAGUCAAGCAAGCGACGAGUCCGGCUCAAGCGACCCUUCGGGUUCUGGUACUGCCGCAGAUCCUGGGGGCCCGCCACCAACAACAGAACGCGUCGAGCCUUCUGACCGCUCUGUGCUCGAUCGCAAUCCUUGGGAAGAGGAUCGCACACCCGCCGCACGUCCACGUCCUCGAGGACAGGAAGGGCGGAGCAACACGCAAAUAGUCCGCCGGCUCAGCUUCGACGCCGCGUCAGGGGUCAUCGCUCUCCCCGAAGAUGGGAGCUGGCUCGGCGACGAUAGCGACUCGGACGACUAUGGAGAGAUGGCCGCAUCAACAUUGGCCGGCUCACAGGCCCCAAGCGAGAGCAGUCCAUUGAUAUCGGCAGGUCCUAGCGGGUCCCCAUCGAGGAAACGAUACAGCACAUACUACCACCAUCCAGAGAGACGGAAGAUGCAUACCCAGGGAUGA